AUUUUGUCAUCAGUAUGAGGAAGCUCCUCAGUGCUCUACUUAAGACAUUUUGGCAGCUGCAAGAGCUCAUUGAAUCACAGCCACCAUGAACAAGCUAAUUGUAAUUGGAGGUCUCUUUCUCUGCUUUGGAAGUUUGGUUUCAUCCACCAGACUGGUGUGUUAUUUCACCAACUGGUCCCAAUAUAGACCUGGCAAUGGGAAGUUUAUGCCUUCAAAUAUUGAACCCAACCUGUGCACCCACCUGAUCUAUGCUUUUGCCGGUAUUAAUGCCGGAAAUGAGUUGAUAAACAUAGAGUGGAAUGAUGAGCAACUCUAUAAAUCUUUCAAUGGACUCAAACAGAGCAAUCCAAAUCUCAAAACACUGUUGGCAGUCGGAGGCUGGAACUUUGGAACACAAAAAUUCACUACUAUGGUAUCGUCACCAGCCAACAGGAAUACAUUUAUUCAAUCUUCUAUUCAAUUCCUGAGAAAACACGGUUUUGAUGGACUUGAUCUGGACUGGGAAUAUCCUGCUGCAAGAGGAAGUCCUCCACAGGACAAGCAGAGAUUCACCACGUUAUGCAAGGAACUCCUACAGGCGUAUGAGGCUGAGGGAAAAGCAUCUGGCCGUCCCAGAUUAAUGAUUUCUGCUGCUGUGUCUGCUGGGAAAGCAACUAUUGAUGCUGGUUAUGAAAUCGCAGAGAUCGCAAAGUACCUGGAUUUUAUUAACGUGAUGACAUAUGACUUUCAUGGCACCUGGGAGAGGGUUACAGGACAUAACAGCCCCUUAUACAACGGAUCCCAAGACACUGGAGACAAUGUUUACUUAAAUACUGACUUUGCCAUGAGGUACUGGCGGGACAAGGGAACACCUGUGGAAAAGCUAAAUAUGGGUUUUGCAACAUAUGGGCGAACAUUUCGACUGUCUACUCAGUCCAGUCAAGUUGGAGCACCAGCCAGUGGUCCCGCUGCUGCUGGUACUUUUACAAGGGAGGCCGGCUUCUGGUCCUAUUAUGAGAUUUGUGGUUUCCUCAAAGGUGCCAGUGUUCAGCGGAUUGAGGAUCAGAAAGUGCCAUAUGCUGUCAAGCAAAAUGAGUGGGUUGGAUAUGACGACAAAACCAGCUAUGAGACUAAGGCUCAGUAUCUAAAGGACAACAGAUUUGGAGGGGCCUUCAUCUGGGCUCUGGAUCUUGAUGACUUUAACGGACAGUUCUGUGGAGAAGGACGCUAUCCUCUCAUCAGCUAUCUCCGUACUCUAGUGGCUUCAGAUCUUCCUCCACUUCCCACUCCAGGCCCCACUCUGGCUCCCGUGAAUCCAUCCACAACCACCAAACCUCCUGGACCUACAAUCGCUCCUCCCACUAAAAGCCCUGAUCCUGAUAACUUCUGUGCUACAAAGGCUGGUGGGCUUUAUGUCAAACCUGAUGACCCAGGUUCUUUUUACAAUUGUGCCAACGGCAUGACCUUCGUCCAACACUGCCCAUCUACUUUAGUCUUUCGAGAAAGCUGCAAAUGUUGUGGUUGGCCAUAAAGGCAAACAUACUACUGUGUGUUUCACAAGCUUCAAUAGCUGUUGUGUGUGUGUUCAGUUCAAUUAAGAAUGUAGUACUGCAGAGAAGGCGGAUUGAACUACUGUUUUUCUAAAAGCAGCAAAUUAAAAUGUAAAUCCUGCAUUAAACAUAUAAUGAUAAUCAUUACAGAAGCUUUGGAUUCUGGGUUUUCUUUCUAUUGCACCACAGCAUGAAGUAUACUUGACUAGAUUUCAUUGUGAUUUAUAAUGCUGUAUAAUAAAAAGAUACAAGUUGCACAUUAAAGGGAACUAAGUAUAUUUCAACAUGGA